UUUGUUUGACUCCUCACAUGACGUGCAAAGACACGUAAAACGAGGGUGGUGUGCAGAAAAUAACGAUAGCACACAACCAAAGAAGAAGAAAAUAGAAGACAGCAGUGAUGAUGAAAUGGAACAUGACGUUGGGGAAAAUCAGGCAUAUCUUUCCCUCUGGGAAAAAGCUAUAGACUAUAACGACGAUAAGUACGACAAAUUGUAUAAUCAGUUUAUACAGGACGGAGAAGACAAGGAGUCUGCACAUGAAAUGACAGAAGAUCGUAUUCAGCCGUAUAAUGAACGCACAUUCUUCACAAAAUACGAGUAUUUGUUGGAUUCGUAUAUUCUGCCACUUCAAAACAGUACACUCCAUCAAAAGAUUUUACAAGACAUACAUUCAUUGACACAGAAGAAUGUAAGCACUCAAUCGGCAAUUAAGCGUGUGCUGCGAAAGUACAAGUCUGACUUUAAAGAACUGUUUGAGACAGAAUUGUCGGACGAAGAAACAGAUGAUGAAAGCGAAGAAGACGAAACUGAUACUGAAUAAAUAUAGUAACAUGUGGACAUUCAAUUCAUUUAUGUUGUUGACUUUGGAUAGUGCGGACAUGGCUCCGUGGGAGGACUAUUUAAAGAAAAUUUAUUUUGAUCCGUCGCAUCCAGCUAGUUAUAAUGGACCACAAAAACUGUACAAAGUGGUGAAAAAUGAAGGAAAAUAUCAUAUUGGCAUGCACAAGAUCAGAAAAUUUUUGCACAAUCAAGAAUCAUACAGUCUACACAAGCCUGUACGAAGACGAUUUCAAAGAAACCAUGUCGUAAGCGCUGGAAAAGAUGAUCUUUGGAUGGCAGAUUUGAUAGACAUGAAAAAAUUUGAAAAAUGGAACAAAAAAUUCAAAUAUAUAUUACUUGUAAUCGACACCUUUAGCAAAUACGUAUGGUUGAGACCGCUGAAGCAAAAAACUGGACAAGAUGUAACAGAUGCAUUCAAAGACAUUCUGAAAAAGUCUGGUCGGGUUCCCAAACGACUUAUUACUGAUAAAGGUCAGGAGUUCAGAGCAAUACCCGUACAAACGCUGAUGAAGAAGCAUGGCGUCAUAUAUUCACCUACACAGAAUGAAACAAAGAGUUCAAUAGCAGAAAGGGCCAACUUGACCAUAAAGUCAAAAAUCAUUCGCUACUUUACGUAUAAGGAUGAUUACAAUUAUAUUCCAAUCCUGGAGGACAUAGCCGACAGUUAUAACCAGACAAUGCACAGAACAAUAGGAAUGGCACCAGCUGAUGUAAAUCAUGCUAACGAAGAAGAAGUCAGAUUAUCAACCUACUUUGCUCACAAAUCAUCUCAUAAACAGAUAUCUAAAGCUACGAAGAAACGCUACAUGUAUAAGAUCGGAGAUUUUGUAAGAGUAACACACUUGAAAGAUAUAUUUACUCGCGCUUAUGACCAAACAUACAGCGGAGAGAUAUUUCAAAUAAGCAAGCGUUACUACAGAGGGACUCUUCCUAUAUAUAGGUUAUCUGACAUGCAGCAGGAAGAAAUUAAAGGAAGUUUCUAUCAAAGCGAACUGCAAAGGGUGAACAUUGAUCCGGACCAUAUGUGGAAGAUUGAAACAAUUUUAAAGACAAGAGGCAAAGGAAAACAGAAGCAAUUGUUUGUCAAAUGGAAGUACUUUCCAAAGAAAUUCAAUAGCUGGAUUAAGUCUAGUGACAUUGAGUGA